AUGGAUGCGCUUCUGUCUCGCUUGGAUUCGUUUGUCCUCGAUCCCCAACUCGCGCCUCUUCUGUCGCUCGUCAAGGGUGCCCGCAAUGGCAUUGUAUACGGGUCGAAAGUGCGGUUCCCGCACGCUUUGGUCAUGAUCUUUCUAUUCCGCUCUGGAACAUUCCGAGAAAAGGUCAAGCUCGUCCUGAAAGCCACACGCCAGCAUGCUCGGAACCUGGCGACGUUUGCUAUUAUAUAUAAGAGUUCCAUGAUCGUUCUGCGCAACGUCAAUCCUACUGGUGUCGGGAAAGAAGGCCGCUAUGACAGCUUCUUUGCGGGUCUGCUGGGAGGAUAUGCAGUGUUUGGUCGGCAUAAAACAAGCAUUACCCAACAGAUCGUCAUAUACGUCUUUGCUCGUGUAGUACUUGCUUUGGCCAAGCUUUCUGUCCAGCCGAAUAUGCACCCUCUCUCCUCAUUGAUCACUCCCGAGUCGCGCGCAAACAUCGAGGCCAACGCUUGGCCAGUAUUUGCAAGUCUCAGCUGGGCACUUGUUAUGUACAUCUUCCGUUGGCAUCCAGAGACGCUUAUGUCGAGUUUGAGAAGCAGCAUGGUAUACAUCUACUCCGACUCGGAUCACUGGGAUUCAUUCCGCAACUUUCUGAUACACAACAAAUAG